AUGUUUGUUUCACACGCCAGAGUUCGGAUUGUGGGCCUUGGAGUCAAAUCCAAGAAACGAGGUCCACACCGAAGGCGUCUUGCGGUCGAAGAGGUUGUCCGCAUGCCGUGUCUACUUCCAACUACAGUGACCGUGGUUUUAGGUCUAAUGGCAGUUGCUGGUGGAGCCGGGAUGUCCGUCAUUGGCUACGUCCCAAGCUACAUGACCCAUAACCUUACGAGACUGUUGCAGGCCAACGGCAGUUUACCAGAAUCCCACUCGGGUUAUGAUACGAGGUUUCUCACACUGAAGAUUUGCUCCUAUAUCGGGCCUGUUAUAAUGGCUAUAGGGAUGUUCGCAAUGAUAGUGGCCUGCGUGUUCUACUGCGAGAUCAUGGACACAUACGCUAUACUUGUGCCGGACAAGAGAUCUGCAGUCUAUGACAAGGAUGAGCUUUACGAGGUCAUAGUUGGGGAGAUGAAGAAAAGCUAUGCACAAACUCUGGUGACCGCGUAUUCUAAGAUUGCAGACCGUAAUCUCGUGACGGACAACCAAAGCAGCAGUGCAGAUGGUCUUCCUGAGCAAAUCUUCCCUGUCAAACCCGAUUCAUUGACCCUUGAGCAGCAGAUUGAUCUAGAGUGUGAAGGUUACACUCCAUCGCCUCCAAUACCCAAUAAAAGCUACAGCGUAAUUCAGGCAAGGAUACAACGACUUAGAAGUGAGGACAACUGGUUAAAAACGUCAUCGCUUCCUAACAUUCGACGCUCUGUUAGUUUUCGACGUGCUGGCCGCGUCGGAACUAAGAUCACAGACUCAAGAACUUUGAGUUACGACUAUACUAUGGACGAAGCUAGACUGCGGAGAAAAUCAAUGAUGCUCAGGUCGAUUGUCCAUUGGAACUCAGGGUCAUCUGAGUUGCUCACUCAGCGACAGCGUAGAUAUUCAUCAGUGAAAGCUCUACCUUCAGACCACAGGCGGAGUUUAGAUGAUAUUUCCCGGCAACCCGGGUACGGUUCCUUCCCGUUAACUCGUCUCAUUCAAAGGCGUGGGACUUUUGCCUGCGGGGACAUGAGGACUCGAAGAAUGAAGUUUUUACUGCUUCUAGAAGCUUCAGAAAGUCUUGAAGGGGUUAAUGACCACAAGCCAGCAGAAGGACGUCCAAAGGUGACCGGAAUACGCCGAAACUCGUUCAUUCCCUACACGACCUGUGAUAAAUUUAUCGCAGGGGAGGAAAGAAAAACGAGCAGAGACAGGAGAAGAUCUUCGGUCAACCCUUUCUCUUUUGGGAACAGGUUUGGCAAUACGAUUCCUCAGCCAGGGACAAGGAGGCACUCGUUCUAUCCCAUUCGCAGGGACGAUAAAAUCUACGUUGGUAAUCCAAACGAGCAGAGAAGACAUUCCUUUAAUCCUAUAGGCGUCAACAACACACUGAAGCCAGAGUAUGUCGGCAAAGGAGAAGGUCGCCGAGGCUCGUUUAAUCCUGACGGUCACUACGAGAGAGCAGGUGAGAUGCGAUCGCUGCAGGUACCUCCACAAAGUUCCAGGUUUUUACAGGUUCCUGGCUUAGAUCCGUACAUGGAAGGUCGGCCAUCAGUCAGUCUUGAAGGCCAACCUGUUGAUUCAGGACACUCGCCGUCAGCAUGUGGCUUAAAUUAUUUACCAUCUAGUACUCCUAGUUGCCACAGUGACAGACGUGUAGAGAGAAGGCACUCGUUCAACCCUUCAGCCCGAAUGAUUUCAAGCAGUGUCAGUAAAGGAGGAGAGACAACUCGACUAAAGGUACCGAAAAUCACUGUCAGCGAAGAUUUGUCUCCUACUGGCAGAUUUUUAGUGGUCCCCUCGCAGGACAGCUACGGGGAGCAGAAGGAGAGAAGACAUUCAUUUAACACAGCACAAAACAUAAAACCAGCUCCCUCAAACACUUUACCGCGGAAACCUGGCGACAAGCUGGCUUCUCAUCGGUUAUCUUUUAAACAAAGACACGAAGCAGGUGCUGCUCCGGUAACUCAAACAAAAUCGUUCUUGCAUGCACUAAAACCUGCCUCAGAACCCGCGAGUCUCGCCUGUUACGCUCAGGAGAUGGUUGUUAUAGAGCCAUACAGUGAGUCCAGGAGCGCUAGUCCAUGUAGCAACGUCUCUUGCUGCGGCAGUGAGAAGAUCUGGAGCGAGCCUUCUGCAACAACAUCCCGCACACAGUCUAUAUCUUCCGACAAAUCAGCAAAGACAGUCCUUUCCACGUCCCCGGUAUCUGUGAUAGCAGCCGAAAGGAUGCUGUCGUAUGGGACUUUCCAAACGCCAUCUUCUCCAAAGGAUGGUUCUUCAGACGAUAAAAUGACGCACCCAAAAUCGAAUAUCAGGCAUGUGCCGUUGUUAUCACCAGUAUCACUAGACCUGGAUCUUUCAUUUGAAUCUGUAGGCUCAAGCGCGGGUAGCAGGUUUUUACCAAAAUCUUCUUCAGCGAGAAGCUCUCGGGGAAAGCGGAAACCUCAAGAGGAGGUGUUUACAGACUCGCUAACCAGCAUCAGUUCAGGGCCAGCUACUCUCUACCCUUCUGUAGUCACUGACGCCAACGCGGCUAUUCAUAGAAGCAAAUCGGCGUCUGCUCUUCCAGCAGUUGGGGUUGAGGUGAAGAGGUCACAUACUAUCCAAACCACUCUCUAUGCAAAUAUCCCGGUAUGCUCUCCGUCUGAAUCAGCAAGAAUCCAGCCAGAAACGCCACCUGGCCUCAAGUCUUGA